AUGCCGCACCGCACGUCACGGGCCUUUACCUCGCAGCGAGACCCGUCGCAGCUACCGCCACGGCCGCGCUCUGCUGCCUCGCACGCACGACCGCGGGCUCACUACAUCGCUGCGGUCGACACUCUUGGCCUGCCGUCAGACAUGCCAUUUUCAGGCGAGCUCGCGCCGCACAGCGCCGGCGAGGACCUGGUUGUCAUCGAUGCACCCGAGUCGGCGCCGGGGCCUGUUGUCCUGCCCGAGGGCGUGCUGCAAACCCGUGCUGCCACCCUUUUCCCCGGCCUGCCAAGAUCGACCCGUGCCAGUGGAACAUCCGACGCCAACGUGCCGCAGGCCAUUCUUGACGCGGUCAAGUCCGCCAUUGUAUCGCGGAUGGCUGGAGCCGCUGCAGGCGCCGCGACUCCGCUCGAUCAGGCGGAAGCCGAUGCUGCGGUGGUGGAGCCGGCCGCGACAACUAGCGCCCCUUCGAUGGGCGAGUCCGUCGCGGCAAACGCACAGGUGACGGCUCUGGCCACGCUCGCGUCGUCGAUUCAGUCGCUGCACGCGUCUGUAGACGCUUCGCGGGCAUCGAUGGAGGCUGCGUCGCUGCAAAUGGCUGCCGCAGCAACGACAACGGCCGCCAAUGCAGCACAGGCACAAGCGCAAAGCGCCACGCCGGCAGCGGUUGAUGCUGCAGCCAUCCGGGCUAUCAUCUCGGAAGAGGUGGCUGCCGCCCAGGCGUCGCUUGCACGGAUGAUGGAUGAGGUCAAGGCCGAGGCCGCCGCCCUCCGCCAGGCGCAGGAAGAGGCACAGCGGACCGCGAGCCUGCGCGACGAGCUGCGGGAGCAUGUCCGAUCGGAAGUCCGCGAGAGUGUUCGUGAGGUGGAGACCACCCGCGAGUCGCAAGCCGCCAGCCAUCCGCCGUAUGUUAUGGUUUUGGACCCGGGUCAGCUCCCGUCGGGCUGGCCCGGGGCCCAGGCAGCCGCCAAGCACGAGGCUGCCGCCCAGACUGUGGCCCUCCCGGAUCUCGACGCGGAGCUCCAUAUCGUGGCCUCAGGGUCUCCGGCCAGCGGAGUUGUCGAGAGCUGCCCGUCGCUUCCAUCGCCACCAUCGCAGUCAUCGCAUUCAUUGUCGGUCCGGUCCCCGUUCCAGCCCGGCGAUCCACUCACACCGUCGGGCUCGAUGCUCUCGUCGUCGUCGAUUGCGGCGUCGUUUGGCGAGGUCUGGCUCGACGCGCACUCGCUCCUCUCGGAAGGCGAGGCGGCGCCGAUUCACUUGCCGUCACCGAGUGACUAUGCUGCAAUUGGAUGGCCGCUUCCGGCCGAAGUCUCAUUUGGCGAGCUAAUGGUUACCCCGCAGUCGGCAUCACGCCGCGUGCGCUCGCCCGAAGAGCUGGCUGUCUCGCCGGGCGAGAUUGUCGACGGCCCGCGGCUGUAUGCAGGCCUUCAUCGCGAAGACUCGCCGCUGCGGCUCCGCCGGCCCAAUGCGCUUGAGCCCAACGACGCAGACCUACCAGGCGAUGCGCCCGACUCGCCGUUCCGCCCGCGGCAGAGCGGCGGUGCCACGCCUGACACUGCGGCCCGGCUCUUCGCAGACGUACCGGCCAGUCCAACGCCCGCGCCGUGUGCCUGGCAGGCCGACAACGAGAGCGACACCGGUCCUGAUAGCAGCGGCACCGACGACACCAGCUCUGGCGGCAACAGCCAGUUUGAGAGCUCGUACUCAACCGAUCAUUGAGUUCGGACGCGCACCACUUGCACUUCUAAACUGGUAGAGAC